AUGACAGCUCAGACAGACCAGCAACACGGCUUCUCCGGCACUCCGGGCUUCGCCACGGAUCAGGUACUCAGCCGAGUGCACAUGGUUGUGCUCAACACCUCGACUCCUCUGGUCAGCUCCGUCCGAGUUCUCUCCAUGCCGCACACGCUGUUCAUCGUGCAGGCAAGAACUCGCGUUCACCACCGGUCGGACGCUCCGACCCCGCGACCUCCAUCGCUCAAAGAGCAGAUCCGUCGCACGCCGCCGGACAUCACUCGUCUCUGUCAUCGUUCUCAACUCUCAAACUAA